UUGCGCGUGGUCUGACAGCUGCAGGCGAAAUUGACAGUCAGCCAAUAGCAGGCGAGCAGCCCAUCUGACGACAGCUGACAAACCGACAACCGCCAGCGAGCCGCAUGUCAGCCGAUUGCACAGUGCACUAGGCUCAAGCGCUUAAGCAAGGGCAUGUAUAAAGAGGCCAGUCCACUCUCAAGUCAGGGCCCAUCUAUCUUCAUCUGCUCCACACUUCUACUACUACAAACAUGGUCCAAGUUGCUACUGCCAACCAACAAUUGGCAUCACACCUCGAGAAGGUCGCUGCACGUCACCAGAAACACAUUGCCAAGAUUGAAGCGCACAGGGAAAAGGUGCUUGAGCGGGUCGAACAGCACAGAGAGAAGAUUCUGGAUCGCCGAGAGAAGGCCAUUGCCAAGGUGGAGCGUAAACGAGAACAAGCCAUGCAACGCGUUGAGGUGCACCGACAGACUGCCUUGCAACACCGGGAGAAGACCCUGCAGAAGCUCGAGGAUGUACACUUGGAGGUGCUCAACAAGGUCACCCUGAUCCAAUACGGCGACGAUGGCGGCAAAGUGCUGGACGCCGAGCGCAAGCACUACCAGCAAUCACACCAAGCGAAGCGUUUUGCAACGGCAGCGAUUGAUGACACCGCAUCAGAGAUUGAUGUGAUUGUUGCGGCGGAGGAUGACAUGUCUUCUACCGAUUGCUCGCCAAUGAUUACACCUAGCGAGGAGCGCACGAGGACACUGAGCAGCAGCUCUGGCUCCAGCCUGACCCUGGGUCCUGACCAUGAGCCCAUCAUCGGACGUGCUAGCUCGGAAUGGAGCCGUGCUACCGCUAUUUCGAGGCGGCCCGCCAACCUCUGUCACUGAAGAUGAGUGGGAGGCUGACAAUGAUGUUUCAUACGUGUAUAGCUUAACGAAAUACCCCCAGUA